AUUCUCCUCCUUCUUCCUGAGGAAAACCAACACAUUCUACGCUUAGAUUAGAAUUAGAUUCCUUCCAAUGGCUCUCGCCGUUACUACCACUUCUUCCUCUUCAGCAUCCACUUCCUUCUUCUCGCGUCCAGGAUCUUCCUCCGACGCAAAUGCUCCGCAAAUCGCUUCGUUUAGGUUUUCGGAGAGGUCCCAUGUUUCGUCUGGUGUUGUUAAUUUAACUCAGCGACGCUCCUCGGUGACGCCACUCAACGCCGAGCCUCAACGCCACGAUUCUAUCGUUCCUUUUGCAGCAACUAUCGUUGCUCCUGAGGUGGCUGAGAAUGCUGAGGAAGAUUAUGAGCAAUUAGCGAAAGGUCUUGAAAAUGCUUCUCCUCUUGAAAUAAUGGAUAAGGCCCUGGAGAAAUUUGGGAGCGACAUCGCUAUUGCCUUCAGUGGUGCUGAAGAUGUUGCUUUAAUUGAGUAUGCCCAUUUAACGGGUCGUCCCUACAGAGUUUUCAGCUUGGACACUGGGAGAUUGAAUCCAGAAACAUACAAAUUUUUUAACGAGGUUGAGAAGCAUUAUGGAAUUCACAUUGAGUACAUGUUCCCUGAUUCGAUUGAGGUUCAAGCAUUAGUAAGAACCAAGGGGCUCUUCUCGUUUUACGAGGAUGGGCACCAAGAGUGCUGCAGGGUAAGGAAGGUGAGGCCAUUGAGGAGAGCUCUUAAGGGUCUCAGGGCAUGGAUCACUGGACAGAGAAAGGACCAGUCUCCUGGUACUAGGUCUGAAAUCCCUGUUGUACAGGUUGAUCCUGUUUUUGAAGGAAUGGAUGGUGGAAUUGGCAGCCUGGUGAAGUGGAACCCGGUUGCGAAUGUUAACGGUCUAGACAUAUGGAACUUCCUUAGGACAAUGGAUGUGCCUGUGAAUUCAUUGCAUUCCCAAGGAUACGUUUCAAUCGGAUGUGAGCCGUGCACAAGGCCGGUUUUACCUGGACAACAUGAAAGAGAAGGGAGGUGGUGGUGGGAGGAUGCCAAAGCUAAGGAGUGUGGUCUUCACAAGGGUAAUUUAAAACAGGAAGAUGCUGCCACGGUUAAUGGAAAUGGAAAUGGCUCUGCCGUUGUCACUGACAUUUUCAACUCCCAGAAUGUGAUCAGCUUGAGCAGGACUGGAAUUGAGAAUUUGGCAAACCUGGAGAGCCGAAAAGAACCCUGGCUGGUUGUGCUCUAUGCACCAUGGUGCCGCUUCUGUCAGGCUAUGGAGGAAUCAUAUGUUGAUUUGGCGGAGAAGUUAGCAGGGUCAGGAGUGAAGGUUGCAAAAUUCAGAGCGGAUGGAGAACAGAAAGAGUAUGCAAAGACUGAACUGGGGUUGGGAAGCUUCCCCACAAUACUUCUCUUCCCCAAACACUCUUCUCGACCAAUUAAGUACCCUUCGGAAAAGAGAGAUGUUGAUUCUUUGAUGGCAUUCGUGAAUGUAUUAAGGUGAUGGUCAAUUGAGUAUCGUGCUCAAUGUUCCGUCGUACAAUACGUGCAAUACCGGCAAUAAAAUUUCUUCACAGAUUUUGGCGAUUAACUGAAAAUGGGAAUGACAGUUUUGAUAGCAAAACGAAGAUUCUCAUCUAGUAUCCUGUAUAGUCUUAGAUACGCUUUCCUCACAAGUAUAAUUCUUAUGGUUAUUGUAGUACUCAUUUUGUGAGGGGGAAUUUGAUUUUCUGUUUUCUUAGAGGGUAGAUUUAUGGUUGAAUUAUGUUGUUUCUUCACUAUAAGAAUCAGUUUUAUAGAUUUGCCAAAUUUCCUAGAAUGAAUGCCGAAUAAUAAUAGACUGUGAAAGCUGGGCUUAUGUUCUUAUAUUGUUUUAGCCAACUGGAUCCAAAACCAAUUUGGAUUUGAUCACUGCUUUCUUAUUUUCUUGCUCUGCUCCGAGCAUGUUAUGGCAUGUCUAUUGAGUAUUAGUGCAAAUAUUAUUUCAGA